AAAAUACUCCUCGUUCAGCCACUCGAGUGGUUAGUUUGGCAUAGGAUCUUGAAAACAUUUCAUCUCAUCGGCAAUGGGAAGCAUAGUUGAGGACGAUUUGGUUCGACGGCGAAAAACAUUUGCACAACGUCGUUCCUUAAGUGAAUAUGCCGUGUCACUACCUAGUCAGCCAAGUGACGCAUUCGGCAUUCAUCCAAAGGACGACAAAUUUCGCUUCUUUAAGAAAGGUCGUGACUUUCAACCUCGUCAUGCCAAGCAUCAAUUUACUGAAGACGAGCUGCAAACGUUGCAAACGUAUGAAAGUGCAGCAAUAUUGCCCUCCCACAGUGAAGUUUAUAGAAAAUGGCUCGAAAAUGAACCCCCGAGGGGUCGAAUGGAGUCAUGGACGAUAUUGUCAAUCGUGUCCAUAUUAACUGGCACUCUGGCAUUUAUUUUGAGACUAAUCUGUGAAAAAUUUCAAAUUAUUUAUAUUCCAUUCAUUCAAAAUGCAUUGGAGACUAAUGACACAUUGUCCCUUUCGAUAUACUACACAAUUGCAAGUUGUGGAUUUGGAUCAGUAGCUGCAAUUGUGAUAAUUUAUUUCUGUCCACAUGCUUCAGGGUCAGGAUUACCAGAAAUUAUUGGCAUAUUAAAUGGAUGCGUGGUUCGAAAUGUUCUAAGCUUUAAGACGCUCAUUUGUAAAAUGAUAUCCGUAAUUUUCGUGGUAAUUAGUAAACUUCCAGUAGGAUUUGAAGGUCCAAUGGUCCACAUUGGUGCGAUGGUGGGGGCAUGUAUGGCAAAACCAAUUCAGCGAUGUUUUCAUAACGAUUCGUCAAAUGGCUGCUGUCCAAAAAUUGGUUGUGUAUCUCGAUUAUGUCGAUACAGAGAUUGUCAAGAACGGUACUCACUCAUUUGCGUUGGGGCAGCGAGUGGCGUGGCGUCCGCGUUCAGUUCUCCGAUAAGUGGUUUAACGUUUGCAAUGGAGGAGAUCUCGUCCCAUUGGUCACGGAAAGACACUUGGCGAACGUUCGUCUGUUGUGUCCUCGCGAGAAGUACGACGGAAUUAUUGCGCAGUCUUGAAACAACAAUCAGUGAAUUUAAUUCUGGUCACGCAAUGAAUAUUUUGCACUUGCCAGAAUCCGCAUUAUUCGAUAUGAAGCACGAUUUGAAUUUAAGCUUAUUGAUUUUUAUUCCUGCAUUAAUAAUUGGCGCAGUUGGUGGACUUCUUGGAGCAGUUUUUAUUUUCAUUCAUUUAAAAGCAUCCAAACUUAGGCGGAAAUUAUUUUCAUACAUUCAAUCCACUCAGGUUCAAAACGUGUUGAAAUUAUUUGAAGUCAUUCUUAUUGCGGCGAUAUGUUCCUCAUUUAUUGUCAGUGUGUUACAUCUGUCUCCAUGCAAAGAAGUAAAUCAUCAAGAGGGAUUAAGCGAUGGAAGAAAAUCGCUUGAAUUACAAUCAUAUCGUUGUCAAAAACCAUUGAACUCUACAAUAUUGGAAAAUGGUCAAAGUUUGCAGGCAGGGGAGUAUAAUCAAGGUGCCUCUCUCCUCCUCGGAUCAUGGGAACAAAUGAUUCGGAAUUUAUUAUCAAGACAGACAUUCAACUAUUUUGAAAUUCCAGUCAUUUGCGCAUGCUUUGUAUGUUUCUGGACUUUCUCAUGCUGGACAUCAAUGACUAAUGUGGCAUGUGGUCUCCUCAUCCCUCAAUUAGCAAUUGGAGCAAUAUAUGGACGACUCAUGGGGGAAUUAUUGCACUCCAGUUUAAAAGGAAUUAUGGAAAGGUAUGAAAACGUGGGGUGGGAAUGGGUGGAUCCUGGAGCAUUUGCAUUAAUGGGCGCUGCUUCAUUCUUAUCCGGCACGUCAAGACUUCCAAUCACAUCUGUGGUCAUGGUGGUUGAAAUGACGAAUAUAAACAUGUCACUCCUCCUCCUCCUCGUGAUGGUUUGUGUGAUGAUGUCUAAAUUCGUUGGAGAUCUACUCACACAUUCCAUAUAUCACUCAGUAUUGGAAAUUAAAUGUAUCCCAUAUUUAGAACCAGACCUGAAAGUGUAUGACAAUGAUGGACUAAAAGUCAGUUUGGAGUUAUUUACUUCAUCGACUGUAAUGAAAUCUCCUGUACAAUUUGUUGGAGUGAAAGAAUCGGUUAAAUUUUUAGCGAAUUUACUACUCGAUACAAAUCAUGGAGCUUUCCCCGUCGUGAACAAUGAUGAUGGAAUGGAAAAAACAUACUUGGGAAUUAUCACUCGUUUGGAACUCACAAUUUUAUUGACAAAAACGGAACGAUUUGAUCCAAAGGAGAUUGAGAAAGAUGACAUGGAUCGUCUGAGAAUUUCGUAUCCAGAAUACAGUUCGACAAAAUUAAAAAAUGCAUCGACUGCCAACAUGGUUUUGAAUAAAUACAGUUCAAACAUUGUUUACAAGAAUAUUUACGUCAAUUUGAAACCCUAUAUAAAUGUGUCGGCUCCAUCCGUCCCAUCCAACUUUUGUCUUCGGAGGACAUACAUGAUGUUUACGGCUAUGGGGUUGCGUCAUUUGGUGGUUACUGACAGACUCAAUCAAGUCAUUGGCAUAAUUACUCGGAAAGAUUUGAUGGGAUUUUCUGUGGAAGAUAAAAUUAGAGCAAUUUUAUUAAGAAAUAAAAGUUUGAGUUUCUCACAAUCAAGCGUGUCAACUGGACCAGAUUGUGAUAUUGAAGUCCAGUCAACAGUCCCAAUUGUAGAAGAAGAAAAUGAAGAUAAUUAGGACAAAAUGAUGAAUAUUAGUCUUACAAUAAUCAUUUCUGUAGUGCACGAAAAAAUUAUUAUUUGUUGAAUGAAAAAUAAAAUUAAUAGUUAACUAAUCGUAUAAACAA